CUUAUUUAGUCAGUGAUUGUUUUAUAGAAGAGACGUAAAACAUGUUGGAUCAACCGGAAACAUCAAUUUUGGAGCAGAAUCUGCGUUUUGUCAAGAAUGAGUUUGAUGACCAGUUAACAGAAUUAUUUAAUGAACAGAAACAGCAGAAAUCACGAGCACCAUUUAAGAUGGUUCGUCCAUAUCCUGGCAUGUGUAUCAAGGCAUUCAAAAAGGGUGAAAAGCAGAAAUUCUUUAUCAAUAUUUGUCAUACGACGGAGAUACCAGCACCGAAAGAUAUCAGCGAAAGUGAAUUACAUAAACUAAUAGAGAAUCAAAAUGCUACAGACUUUAAAGUACCAUUAAGCGUAACAAAACCGCGCAUAGGAAAAGACAAAAGUGGCAACAGUGCUGAGAUUAGUGACGUUGCUGUUAAUUCUGAUUUUUUCAAUAGAAAAAUUAAGCGAGGCGAUGGAUUAUUUUAUCAUUUUCUAAUCACAUUGAUUUUUGAAUCGAUUGAACAAAAAUAUAAUAUUGAGAUAGACACGACGAAUUUUGUACAACUGCAAAACCGAUUGUGUAUGGAUACGCUUGUUGAACAUCAGAUUUACAAUCGAGAUGUUAAAAUGGUUGAGGAUUUUCAUGAACAUGGAGAACCGAAUGAAAUGUUGGGUGCUGAUGACUCAGAUAAAAUUUUCAUCGGAACAGGCGACCAAAAAAAGACAUCUAAAAAAGUUUUAAUCGAAGAACUUUCACCAACUGAGUUAAAGAAAAUUCCAUCAAUGAGAAAAUCAGUAUCAAAAGAUAACAUGAUAGAGCCAGAACAUCGUUUAUUCAAUGAUUACGAUAAAGACAAUAAAAAGAUGUUAAUUGCUGAAUUCUAUAUGCCGAACGUAAUAGACAUUAAGGAGAUAUCGGUAGACGCCAAUGAUGAUCGAUUAUUAAUUGAGUGCAGAAAAUAUGGUUAUAUGUUUGAUGGAUUUCUGCCACAUAAAGUUGAUGAGAAAAAGACUGUAGCUGAAUAUGAUAAUGAAAGAAUGAUCCUCAAAAUCACGUUUCGUGUGUAAAAUCAACUGUAAUAAAAAUUCAAAAUCUAAAGCAGCGCUUUACUUGAGAUUCAAAAUUU